AUUUGGAUGAAAUCCUAAGUUAUACCGAGUGUCGUUUCUGAGAUGUCGGACCAGGCAGAGUUGUAUGAGAAAUCAUGGAUUCUACAUCGAAUCCUGGACGAGUUUAUAGGGAACAAGGAGACUGUGGCCGUCAAGAGAAAAUUGUUGAUGUUGGAUGAACUUUUCACGAACAGUACAAAAGACGUCAUGAAAAAGUUUCACAUCGGAAGUAGUUGUGACGGCCUACCGUUGUUAGGCUCGGACGGGGAUUUGAUGUAUAUGGACAGUGAAGUGAUUGUAAUAGGACCAGACCUGGACAUGCGUACCACACCAGACAGCUCAGUUCUGAUGAUGAGGGAUGCUAACAGUCGUCCUGGCUAUGUAACCUUGGAACUUGUUCACUUUGGAUACAUGUGUAUGGAGUCUUUGAUGAAAUCCAUUGUACCAGUAGGAGAUUCAAAUUUCAUAUCAAGUGAAAUAUAUUCACGGAAUAUGACAGAUAUAAUUGGUAAAAUAGCACGGAUGGAACUAUCCACCCGUGGACCAGCUAGUUCUUUGAUGCGAGAACAAAGCGAUUUUGACCAUGACGAAGAUUUUGUCGUUUCCUUCCCGUGUAGCAGUUGGCCACGACAGGCCAAUGAAUGGAUCCAUAGACUUCGACUGCAUGACUGGCCAAGCGAAACCUUGCGUGAUCAAAUCAUAAAAGGUGGCUGUCAUCUGGUUCCUGUGGGAGAUAAAACAUCUGAUAACCCAUUCCUACAAUGGAGGAUUUCGUUUACAAUUGCUGAAAGAAAACUCCUCUACUCUCUCACUCGUGUCCAAUUUUUAGUCUAUGGAUUGCUGAAGUACUUUCUCAAACAAAUAUCGAACACGGUGAGUAACAUUUUGGGGGAAGCAGAUCUGAUCUCGUCCUAUAUAAUCAAAACAAUCCUCUUCCACACCUUAGAAAGCACACCUCAAUCAUUAUGGCAGGAGAAAAAUACCUUUCUUUGUUUCAUGUUGUGUUUCACGACUUUGAUCUCAUGGUUGAAGGUAGGAUACUGUCCAAAUUACUUCGUCAAUACAAACAAUAUGUUCCUUGGCAAAUUUCAAGGCGAAAGAAAACAAAAACUCCUUCAAUGUCUCAUUGGUCUGCAUGAUAUGAAAUGGGGAUGCCUUUCAGUUGGGACAUUUAUACAGCCCACUAUUGGAACUCUUAUUGAUGGUGUAUGGAACAGAGAGUUGGCAUUGGCGCCACCUAGACCAUCACAAUUAGAGGCUGAAAGGGACAUGUACAUAUUCCUCGAUACUUUUGUAUAUCGUCAUAACUUUGAUUCCUUCCCAGUCACAAUGACACUCCUUUGUAAUUCAAACACAGACUUGGAGGAAUUCGUUGGUUACUUUACUACUUUGAAAGGACUGGCACAUACAGGAAUGAUAAUUUUUGGAAAACAGAAUUCUUCAAGAGGAAAUAAACAGAGAUAUAAAUAUCUUAGGAAAUGCAAGAACUUUCUGAAACCGCUUGCAUCUUUGUGUACAAGUCCAGGACUACUGACGCUGGCAACAUAUCACUAUCAGACUGGGAAUUACGUGAAAACACUGGAAUUGUGUGGACAAAUGAUUUCAUCAUCUCAAAUGUAUGUUGGUGAUAUGUUCAUAACAUGUGAGAGGAAAAACAUGUAUGAACAUCUCUGGUGCGGUCAAGGACACAGUUUAUAUUACAAAUGUCGGGAGGCAUGUGUGUCAGAUAUGACAUUAGAAUACGACUGUUCACAGUUCUGUCCACCACAGUUACACCUAUAUUUCCAAGACUCUGGAGUAACACAUUUGUCCAUACCUCCGCUUCCUUACGCGCUAUUCCUGUCGUUUCUUUGUUAUCUCGAACUCGGCGACACCAGGAGACGUGAUGCAGCAUUAAUUCACCUUCGAACCGUGAAGGACGACGAGGACCAGGGAAGUGGUAAACACUUGAUAGUCCACAAACUGUUAAGGAUCUGUUAUGAAAUGGUUGGGGAUAUACCUCGCGCUUAUUGGGAAUACAGGAACUCCCUUGGUGGUCAUGGACCCCUCUAA